AUGAACCCUGGUUUGAUUCCCCUGAUUGUAUAUCUAUAUUUUUUUUCCAAUUCCCUCAUCGACACCGUGGCUCAGCCGGUCCUCGCCGGCCCGCCUCCAUUAGCUUUAAACUGCGGCUCAAAAGACGGUGGCAAUGAUGCUGAUAAUCGCAAAUGGGAAUCAGAUACUAAAUAUCUGGUGGCCGCCGACAAAUCAGUUUCAUCAACCGCCUUAACACAGGAGGCGUCGCUUUCCUCAAACGUACCCUACAUGACCGCCAGGAUCUUCAAUGGAGAAACCUCGUACAAAUUCAAAGUUAAUUCCACCAGUCGAUACAUCAUUCGACUCCAUUUUUAUCCUUCCAACUACCCUGAUUACAACAUUUCCAAUUCCUAUUCCGUCGUCACCACAGGUGCAAUUACGUUAUUGAGAAAUUUCAGUGCCUUCAUAACAGCGGAAGCUCUUUCACAAGCCUACCUAAUCAGGGAAUACUCGCUAGCGGCUUUUAGUUCCGAUUCAAUCACCCUCACGUUCAAACCCGGAGCCGAUAAGUCUUUUGCGUUUGUUAACGGAAUUGAACUGAUAACAGAGCCGGAACUAUUCGACGAUCAGGCGGGGUUAGUCGGGGUAGCAGAUACUGCUGGCACCAUCGACGGUGUAUCCUCAAAUAUGCAGAACAUGUUCAGGUUGAAUGUUGGCGGACAAUUCAUUCCUCCAACGAAUGAUUCCGGUGGUCUGAUGAGGAGUUGGUAUGAUGAUACACCUUAUAUGUUUGGUGCCGGUACCAUCAGUCACGUAGGAAACGUUACAAUUGAUUACAAAGACCUUCCGGAGGCCACAGCUCCGGCAGACGUUUAUCGGACGGCAAGAUCUCAAGGACCAGAUCCCAAUAUCAAUAAACAAAGCAAUGUGACAUGGGUGUUUCAGGUUGAUGCCAAUUUUACUUAUCUUGUUAGGUUCCAUUUUUGUGAAUACCAUCUUGAUAAAAUUAACCAGAGGGUUUUCGAGAUAAAGUUGAACAAUGAAACCGCGUUUAACACCGCCGAUAUUAUUGCGUGGACUGGAGGAAAAGGGAUUCCAACGAGAAAAGAUUAUGCGGUUUAUAUUGGCAAUAAGCCUGGCAUCGACGCUGAAUUGUGGGUGACUCUGCAUACUAACAUUGAUUUGAAGCCUGAAUUUUAUGAUAUUCUUUUAAACGGGUUGGAGGUUUUUAAACUGAGUGACUCGCAAUCAAACCUCGCCGGACGGAAUCCUGUUCCAUCUAAAAUGAUGCAGAAACAGUUGAUCGAGAAUCGAGCAGCUCAUGACCCGAAUAGAAAAUGUAGCAAGCAGGUUAUAGUUGGUGGUGCUGUUGGUGGAGCCGCAACAGUCGGGGUUGCAGCGGUGGUGUUAUUCAUGAUUCGCAAGAGAAGAAGAAGAGUGUCGGGAUCGGAUCCAGGUGCCACUAGUUGGCUUCCGGUAUACGGUAACUCAGCUAGCAAAUCAACUACAUCCGGGAAGAGCCAUGGAAGUAGUAGUUUGUCAACAGAUGCCGUCUGUAAUUGCCGAUAUUUCUCAUUGAUGGAGAUCAAACGGGCGACUAAUAAUUUCGACGAGAGUAAAGUGGUCGGAGUAGGGGGUUUCGGAAAGGUUUACAAAGGUGUGGUCGACGGCAACAUAAUGGUGGCUGUGAAAAGAUCAAACCCAUCUUCGGAACAAGGAGUUAACGAAUUUGUGACUGAGAUCGAGAUGCUAUCCAAGUUGAGACACCGGCAUUUGGUUUCCUUAAUUGGAUUCUGCGAAGAAGGGAACGAAAUGGUGUUGGUUUAUGAUUACAUGGGCAAAGGAACGUUACGAGAACAUCUUUACAAAGGCAACAAGAUUACGCUUUCAUGGAAACAAAGAUUGGAUAUUUUGAUUGGGGCUGCAAAAGGACUUCAUUAUCUUCACACCGGAGCAAAGUACACAAUCAUUCAUAGAGACGUCAAGACGACAAACAUUCUGUGUGACGAUAAGUGGGUGGCGAAAGUGUCGGACUUCGGGCUAUCGAAGACGGGUCCAAACAUGACGCAGAACCAUGUUAGCACCGUUGUGAAGGGCAGUUUUGGGUAUUUGGAUCCAGAAUAUUUUCGACGGCAACAGUUGACGGAGAAAUCAGAUGUUUAUUCGUUCGGUGUUGUUCUUUUUGAGGUGCUGUGUGCGCGUCCAGCCCUGAACCCUAGUCUUCCAAAAGAACAGGUGAGUCUAGCGGAUUACGCGUUGCAAUCGGCGAGGAAAGGGACGUUGGAGGAGAUGGUGGAUCCCCAAUUGAAAGGGAAGAUUAAGCCGGAGGCGUUCAAGAAGUUUACCGAUUGCUCGUUAAAGUGUUUGUCGGACCACGGGCUGGAACGACCGUCGAUGGGAGAUGUGUUGUGGACUCUGGAGUCUGUGCAUCGGAUUGAAACCAAGGCAGAAGAAACAAGAAAUAGUCCCAAAUCAUCGUCGUCUUCAAGUGGGAUGGUGGAAGUGCCGAUUGAUAACAGUGACAUGAUUGCUAUGCAUCUUAACACUCUAAAUCUUGAUAACGAUGAUGACGACGACUACGACGACCACGAGGAUGAUGCUGCCAUCUUUUCGCAGAUUAUAAAUCCAAAAGGACGGUGA